AUAUGGACGUUUGCCAAGUGUGUUGAUUUUUGCAAGUUUCGAUUGAUGUAAAUAUAAAUAAAACAUGAUUUGGAUAUAUGACACUUGCCAAUGAUUAUAUACAGUGUCAUUCCAUUUAUAUUGAGGCUGUGAUUCUAAUAAACAGAAUGGUGGAGUGUUCUGGUUGGAUCUCAGUACUUGUUGCGACUCUAUGUGUGUGUACGAGGUCACGGUGUUCGGCUAAAGCUCCGGAGAAGGUGUCGGUCGAUGGCUACACAGAUGCGUUCAUCCUGAACCCGGACCUGUUCCUGAUGGGCCAGACUUCCGGUGGCCGCUCACAGAACCUGAUGCUGGUGCGCAACUACUGGCACACGGACAGCACGCCGGCCACUUCCUUCCGCGUGCUCUGGGACGACAGCUCGAACUCUAUAAUGAUAGUUAUUUGGACACGUGACAACCGAAAUUACCAGACGUCAUUUAUGCUGGAUCGGCUGGAUCCCGGCCAGCACACAAUCAUGCUGCAAAUGAGUGAACUAAACCGGAACACAAAUCGGCUCCGGCUAUUUAUAGACUGCAAGCCUGUUGGGGAGGAGACCACGGAGGUGCCGAUACGAGAGGCGCUCAUAGGGAGGAUUGUAGUGGAUCAGCACGAAAGUUUCACGCUGUACUCGCGGGUGGACCUACAGACCAUGCUGCAGUUUAUGGAUUGCGACCCCUUGUCUAUUCCCGUAGCGACACUUCCGGUGCUACCAGACUGGGUCCGCGAGCGGAACCUCGACAACCUGCUGGUCGGUACGAACGUCCGCAUCACGGCCCCGGGCGGAGGCGAGAAACGAGAGAGCGAAAACAGGAUACCGGACACAGACCCCUUGUAUCACACGAUGAGCCAGUCUAUACGGGAACUGACCCGGGUCAUGCAGACGCUUAAUAGAGACAUGCAGAUGCAGACCCGAGAGACGCGUCACCUUUAUGAGGUCAUGCGGCAGUGUGAAAUGUGCCGCCGACCAGAGAGGCAGGUGCAGCAGACGGUACCGAUGUGUCGGGAGAACCCCUGUUUUCAAGGUGUGGUUUGCACGGAUACGGACCGGGGAUACAGGUGUGGUGACUGUCCCCGCGGUUACUAUGGAGACGGCAUCAGAUGCGCGCGCAUACCGAACUGCGCUGACAACCCCUGCUUCACGGGGGUACAGUGUUACGACGUGUCUAACGGCUACCGGUGCGGCCCCUGUCCACCAGGACUGAGCGGGGACGGACGGAGAGGCAACUGUCGAGUCCCGAGGGUUACUUGCGAGUCCCAGCCCUGCUAUCCCGGGACCAGCUGCGUGGACACAGCCGAAGGUUUCCGAUGUGGGAGGUGCCCCAGGGGGUAUGAGGGCAACGGAACACACUGUAAAGAUAUCAACGAGUGCGUAGUGCACACUCCGUGUUACGAGUCUCGCGCAUGUGUGAACGCGGAGGGCAGUUUCCGGUGUGAGGAGUGUCCAACGGGCUUCUACGGUGAGCCGGUAGGUGGUGCGGGGCUGGAAGAGGCGGCCGCCAGGAAACAGGUAUGCCGGGAUGUGGACGAGUGCCAAUUGGAGGGAUCUCUCUCUCCCUGUGUGGAGUUCUCGCAAUGCUACAACACUAUCGGUUCCUACAAAUGUGGUGAUUGUGUGGAUGGAUACACGGGGAACCAGACGGUCGGCUGCUUCCGGCGCGUAACGGUGUGUCCAGAUUUGACUGAGUGUAACGAAUACGCCCGAUGUGUCUCCCGGCCUGGCAUCACCGGCUUCCUCUGUCAGUGCACGGUUGGGUACGCGGGCGACGGACAGGAGUGCGGGAGGGACACAGACAUUGACGGCACCCCGGAUCAGCGCCUUAUCUGCACGGACCGCAGGUGUAGAGAGGACAACUGCCGGCUGGUUCCCAACAGCGGCCAGGAAGACGCAGACGCCGACGGUCUCGGUGACGCCUGUGAUGAAGAUAUGGACAACGACGGCAUUCCAAACUCACCGGACAACUGUCCGUUGACGGCGAAUCCGGACCAGACGGACACAGACCCGGACGAGUCGGGUGACGCGUGCGACAACUGUCCGUCCGUCCCUAACCCUGGGCAAUAUGAUACGGAUAGGGACGGCCUCGGGGACGCCUGCGACCCGGAUAUGGAUAACGACGGCGUACUAAAUGAGGAGGACAACUGCCCCCGGGUUGUGAACCCCGACCAGGCGGACAGCGACAACGACACCGUCGGGGACGCCUGUGAUAACUGUCUCAGCGACCCUAACCCGGACCAGAUUGAUAGCGACAAGGAUUUGUUAGGUGAUGUCUGCGACACCAACGACGACAGUGAUCUUGACGGUGUACAAGACACGAGGGACAACUGUCCGUCCGACGUUAAUGCGGACCAACGGGAUACCGAUACAGACGGAGAGGGCGACAUCUGCGACGUCGAUGAUGACGGUGAUGACGUCAUCGAUGACGAUGACAACUGUCAGUACGUCUACAACCCGGACCAGAGGGACGACAACGAUGACAGUGUUGGUGACGCGUGUGAGGGCGACAGUGACGGUGACGGAGCGCCGGAUAGUUAUGACGUAUGUCCAGAGAACGGCGAUCUGUUUGCCACUGACUUCCGAGCGUUCCAAACCGUUAUCCUCGACCCCGUUGGAGACUCACAGAUAGAUCCUAACUGGAUCAUCCUUAACGAGGGUGCCGAAAUUGUGCAGACUUUAAAUAGCGAUCCUGGUAUUGCCGUCAGCUAUAGCGGUUUUAGCGGUGUUGACUUCAGCGGCACGUUCUUCGUGAACACCGACACCGACGACGACUAUGCCGGCUUUGUGUUCAGUUACCAGGACAGCGCGAGUUUCUAUGCCGUGAUGUGGAAGAAGGAGCGACAGACAUACUGGCACUCCACGCCGUUCCGCGCGGUUGCGGAGCCGGGCAUCCAGCUGAAGCGCAUCCGAUCCUCCACAGGCCCUGGGGAAAUAAUGAGGAAUGCCCUCUGGCACACCGGCGACACGCCAGACCAGGUGAAGCUGUUAUGGACGGACCCGCGGAACGUGGGUUGGAAGGAGAGGACGGCCUACCGUUGGGAGCUGAUACACCGGCCAGCCAUGGGGCUUAUGAGGGUGUUCCUGUUUGAAGAGACGCGGCUGGUGGCGGACUCAGGAAACGUUUACGACCACGAGCUGAAGGGUGGCCGCCUGGGCGUGUUCUGCUUCUCACAGGAGAUGAUAAUCUGGUCAGACCUCGUCUACAGAUGCAAUGAAUACGUGCCGCCUGGCAUGUUGGGAGCGGGAGCCGCGCCUCUGGAGAUCACGCCCGUGGACGACGGAAGUGAAGCUACAGAUGAGGAAGAGAGGCGGAAACAGCGGCGGAAAGACAGGAAGAAGAAAAAGAAGCCUGGUCCCGACGGUGAGCCGGGGGAGGAGGAAAUCGAUUUGUAAGGUGGAGAACGCAACCUUCGUGCACAUACAAGUACUGUUAUGAGGGUAAUAAAAGUGAUGCAAACGAGUCCACAUUGGUGAAGAUGUCAUCUAUCGAUAUCCUACCAACUGUGUGUUUUGUUUCACAAGAACAUGCAGACUCAUGUGGAUGACAUAAAAUACUGUUAGUCGAUUUAAAUACUAUGUGUCCCUAAAUGUGAUUUACAUGUGCGUUGAUGUACGUGGUCUAUAUAUGAACGAGUGAUCCUUACAGAAGAGAUGAUGUACAGUCCAUGAACAUUUCACCAAACUGUCGCUAUAUAUAUGUUAUUAUAGGCACAGUAUCACUAGUUGUCUUGUUUGUUUUUGGAAUAUACAUGAAUGUACUCGUACCACAAUCUUCUCCAUAAAUUGAACAUUUUUGAGAAAUUGUAUAUAUUUGUGUCUGUCGUUUUCGAUUUUAUACUGCAAUGGAACAGAGAAUUCAUUGACCAGUUGCGAUCAUGAGACCCUACACUGUUCGUACUUGAGCAACAACGUAUCCCAAUGUCGUCUGCAGUCCGCGGUUUCCGACUGCAAAUAGUUCUCUAUUGAUGUCAUACGGCGACGCGACCUGUUUGAUUAAAUUAUC